UACCAAUUUCAUAAAGCCCUCUGACUGGACCAUUCGCCACUCUCUUAGUCCACUGGGUCUACCACUCUCUUUAUUCUCAAAGACGAUGAACAAACCGAGAAAUUCCAUGUAGAAAUUGAAAUGGCGAGGGCUCGGUGUUCUCUCACUCUCGCAUUGCCUCCUGAUUCCUAAGGCUCCGCAUUGCACCGUCGGCUACCGGAGUUUCUGCGGCACGGCUUUGGCUUUGGAAUGAUCCUCUGAACCUCUUCAGACUACAUUCUCCGUGAUUCUGCAAUGGACUCCGAUAAGGAAUGUCAUCGACUACUGUAGAAAGUAAGGAUGCGGUAACUGGUCACAUAAUCUCCACUACUAUUGGAGGGAAAAAUGGCGAGCAGAAACAGACUAUUAGCUACAUGGCGGAACGUGUUGUUGGUUCCGGAUCAUUUGGAGUUGUUUUCCAGGCUAAAUGCUUGGAAACUGGAGAGACUUUUGCAAUAAAGAAAGUCUUGCAGGACAGGCGUUAUAAAAAUCGUGAGCUUCAGUUGAUGCGCUUGAUGGAUCAUCCAAAUGUUGUUUCCUUGAAGCAUUGUUUUUUUUCUACAACUAAUAAAGAUGAACUCUUCUUAAAUCUGGUCAUGGAAUACGUUCCUGAGACUAUGUAUCGAGUAUUGAAGCACUACUGCAGUAUAAACCAGAGGAUGCCACUCAUCUACGUGAAACUUUACACUUACCAAAUCUUUAGGGGACUAGCUUAUAUACACAUUGUUCCUGGAGUUUGUCAUCGAGAUGUAAAGCCUCACAAUCUUUUGGUUGAUCCUCUUACGCACCAGGUCAAGCUUUGUGAUUUUGGAAGUGCAAAAGUCCUGAUUAAGGGUGAAGCAAACAUCUCUUACAUAUGCUCCCGUUACUAUCGAGCUCCAGAGCUCAUAUUUGGUGCAACAGAGUAUUCUACAUCCAUAGACAUAUGGUCAGCUGGUUGUGUUCUUGCUGAGCUGCUUCUAGGCCAGCCAUUAUUUCCUGGGGAAAGUGCCGUAGAUCAGCUGGUUGAGAUAAUCAAGGUUCUUGGCACUCCAACUCGAGAAGAAAUUCGAUGCAUGAAUCCAGAUUAUACAGAUUUUAGGUUUCCUCAGAUUAAAGCCCAUCCAUGGCACAAGGUCUUCCACAAACGAAUGCCACCUGAAGCAAUAGAUCUUGCUUCAAGGCUUCUUCAAUAUUCACCUGGUCUCCGGUGCACUGCACUUGAAGCGUGUGCACAUCCUUUCUUUGAUGAGCUUCGGGAGCCUAAUGCACGCCUUCCUACUGGUCGUCAGUUGCCCGGGCUCUUCAACUUUAAACAGGAACUUUCCGGAGCAUCACCUGAACUGAUAAAGAGGCUCAUACCAGAGCAUGUUCGGCGGCAGACCGGACUUGCAUUCCCUCAUCAUGCAGUUACAUAGAUCAACUCGAAGCUAUGAAAGUACAAGUUUAUCUAGCAUAUGUUGUGAAGCUAGCGAGGCCUGCGGUCUCUGAAAACCAACCAUUCAGGAAAUUUCCACAUAUGGAGUCUAUCCAACGCCAUUGCGGAAGUGGUAAAAUAUCAACUACUUUUACAUUUGGUUAAUAUAAUAAUAUAUAUAUUUACUACGUCUGUACAUUAUUAUUUUUACCGCACAAAUUCUAGAUAGCUAGGAGUAUAUAAAGGGUACUUGUAUUGUAUCUCACGUCUUGCUAGGUCUUAGGUAUAUGCAAAAUCCCAAUACAAGCUCUCAAGAGUGGCUUAUUAUAGAUUGUUAUACAGUUAGCUAAUAAUCAUCGCCGUUAUAUCUCGUCUUUAA